ACCAAGUGGACUUAGUCCACCUAAGAAUUUCUCGUGAUAUACUCAUGUAAAAGAUCACACCAAGGAUCAACGUUCCAACAACCUUUAAGAAAAUUCUGGUUAGCAAUGAGUCUAAUGACGCUGACUAAAACUGAAAUGAUAUGCAAAACAGCAACCACCUUUAUAAACAGAGCAGAACUACUCCACUGUUUCGAAGACAUUUGCUCAAAGAUCGCCUCAUUAUGCAACUCCAAGUCCCUAAAACAAGGCAUUUGCAUCCACACUCCCAUAAUCAAACUGGGUCUGCAAGACCAUUUAUAUCUAAACAACAAUCUCUUAACUCUAUACGCCAAAUGCUACGGACUUGACCAUGCACGUCACUUCUUCGACGAAAUGCCUUACAGAGACGUCGUGUCUUGGACCGGGAUACUCUCUGCUUACACUAAACAUGAACAACACGCAGAAGCUCUUGAUGUAUUCGAUUCUAUGAUUAUUUCCGGUGAAUGUCCGAAUGCAUUCACAUUCUCGAGUGUUUUGAGUUCUUGCUUUGCUUUAGGAGAGUUUAGUUAUGGGAGACGUAUUCAUGCUUCUUUAAUCAAGCUUGGGUUUGAAUCGAACCAGAUUUUGGGUUGUUCUUUGGUUAGAUUCUAUUCUUGGUUUGAUUCUACUGAGGUAGCUUGUAAAUUUUUUAGUUCUAUGGAGAGUAAGGAUGUGGUUUCGUGGACAACUAUGAUUGCUUCGUGCUUACAAGGUGGGAAGUGGACUCAGGGUUUGAGGCUUUAUAAGAGUAUGUUAAAUGCUCAGGUUUUUCCUAAUGAGAUUACUUUUGUUAAACUCUUGGCCGCGCCUUGUUUUGUUGGUUUACAUUAUGGGAAGUUGGUUCAUGGGAAUAUGAUAGUUUUAGGAGUUGAAUUGAAUUUGGCAGUGAAGACUGCGCUUGUUGAUAUGUACUCGAGAUGCCGGAGAAUUGAAGAUGCUGUUAAGGUCUCAAAGUUGACACCUGAAUAUGAUGUAUCAUUGUGGACUGUUGUGAUCUCUGCGCUGGCGCAGAAUAUGAAGUUCGACGAGGCUGUUGCUGCUUUUCAUGAGAUGGAGAUCUCAGGAAUCUUGGCUAAUAAUGUUACAUAUUUGAGUAUGUUGAGUAUUUGCAUAUCUAUUUUGUCGCUUGAUUUAGGAACACAGAUUCAUUGUAAGGUGGUCAGGAGUGGCUUGGAGAAUGAUGUUGCUGUUGGAAAUGCACUUGUUGAUAUGUAUAUGAAAUGUUCUUCUGCGGUAGAAUAUGGGUUGAGAAUUUUUAGAGGGAUGGAAUCCCCUAAUGUCAUCUCUUGGACAUCUUUGAUUUCUGGUUUUGUUGAACAUGGCUUUCUAGAGGAUUCUUUGAACUCGUAUAUGGAGAUGACGGCUGUAGGCGUUCAGCCAAAUUCUGUUACUCUCUCCGUCGUUCUUAGGGCCUGCAGUAGAUUGAAAUCUCGAGUUCAAACAUCGAAACUACAUGCAUGUAUAGUUAAGACCAACUCUGAUCAGGAUAUUGUGGUUGGUAAUGCUCUUGUAGAUGCUUAUGCUGGUUCCGGGAGCGUAGAUGAUGCAUGGCUUGUUGUACGAUAUAUGAAUCGCACAGAUGCCAUCACAUACACAUGUCUCGCAACAAGAUUAAAUCAGAUUGGCAAUCAUGAGCUUGCGUUAGAUGUAAUUAAUAUUAUGCUCAAUGAUGAUGUGAAGAUUGAUGGAUUUAGCCUAGCAUGCUUCUUGUCUGCAUCAGCCGGCUUGGGCAGAAUAGAAGCUGGAAAGCAACUUCAUUGUUAUUCUGUAAAAUCUGGUUUAAGCUUUUGCAUUUCUGCUGCAAAUGCCUUAAUAGACUUGUACGGGAAACACGGGCUAAUACACAAGGCACGUAGAGCAUUUGCAGAAAUAAUAGAGCCGGACGUUGUGUCAUGGAAUGGAUUGAUAUCGGGUUUAGCGAUGAAUGGGCAUAUCUACUCAGCGCUCUCUGCUUUUGAUGAUAUGAGGUUAACAGGAUAUAAACCUGAUGCCUUUACAUUCUUGUUAGUGCUUUCGGCUUGCAGGCAUGGAGGUUUACCGGACCUAGGUCUCCAGUAUUUCGAUUCUAUGAAAGAAAUGUAUGGUGUGGAACCACAGCUUGAUCACUAUACCUGCUUGGUUAACAUCCUCGGUCAAGCUGGCAGGCUAGAGGAGGCAAUGGAUAUUUUAGAUACUAUGCCUUUUAAGCCAGAUGCUUUGAUCUACAAAACUUUGUUGGCUGCCUGCAGGAUUCAUAGGAAUGUGCCUCUCGGAGAAGACCUAGCAAGGCGAGGGCUUGAGCUAAAUCCUUCAGAUCCUGCAUUCUACGGGCUGCUCGCCAAAUUGUAUGAUGUUUGUGGGCGAUUUGAUUUGGGUGAACAAACUCGCAGAUCAAUGCAAGAUAAAGCGCUGCUGAACACUGGUUAGGAUUGGAGCAGAUAAAAGCAAGAUUCAUCUCUUCCAUAAAGUUAUUUAGAUUCAGGUUAUUUCUAAAAAUUGGAAUCCUUAUGUCAUGAUAUCUUGAUGAUUAAAUCAAGAUUAUGUGUAGGAGCAGAAAAAGAACGCAUCUUCGCAUAUUUGACAUCACCAUUAAAUUCAGAAUC